CGAUUGUACAUCUUGCUAGUAGCAAGGGUAGACAUCUUGCUAGCAGUGCGGAUCGGAGGCAAAGACAAGUGAAGACACUCGUCUUCAGUGCUUUAACUCCGCAGGUUUCCACGCGUGGUGCUACAAAGUGACGUGACGACCUGAACACGUAACCAAAUCGGACAAGAAUGGCUGCCGGAAAGAUUACUACUGUCACUGUGUCGCGCUGCACAGUAGCGGCGCUGCUCUUGGUUGCAUUGUCACUCGCUUCGACGUCAGCUUCACCCCAAAGUGUCACGAUCUUGAGGUCGGGCAUAGCCUUCUACCCGCCGGCAAACCGGGUGUACAUCCUAGAUGGAGCGUCGGGCCCCGCUAACGCCCUGGACCGCAUGGUUUGCAGAAUUUCCUUCAGUCUAGGAGGCGCCACUGGCACCAGUCAGCCAUCCCAGUCAGCGAACCUCUGGACUUUCAACGGCGAGCCAUUGGCUGGUGGAGAGAUGAUGAGGCAUAAAAACCUUACCGUUACCCACUCUUUACCCCAGGGACUUAUGCUGAACUACUACUCAAGCUUGUCCUGGAGCCGCAAUGUCACCAAGGCGUCCGGGGGCACCUACAGAUGCGGGUGGAACGGCGUGUAUCAGGAAUUCGAGAUCAUCGUCAACCCCCUUGAAGUACUACUGGUCCGCCAGCUGGGCAAAGAUGAAUUUAUGCCGUCCCGCGUGGCCGUACUGGAUGGAGAUUCGCGGUUUAUAAUCGGUGCAGAAGUCUACUGCCUGAUUCGCUGGUCGGUAGGCUUCGAAAAAACAGCACAUCUCAACAGCGUCUACUGGAAAUACAACGGCCAGCCAUUGGUGAACAGUGGGCGAGCAAAUAUCACCGUACGGACCGUGUUAAUCGGGUAUAGUAAGGAAGAGAAGUUGUAUGUUCCCUAUUUUCUGGUCCGGAUCACCUGGCCAGAGUACUUCACACCGCAACAUACCGGCAUUUACACCUGUGGUUAUGGGUCUACCGUCAAGUCUUUUCAGCUUGUUGUCAACCCAAUCUCAGUGGCACUGGUCGUCGGAAACCAUGAUCUCCCUGGAACACAGCUAGUGACUAAGAAUGGAGCACCCAGAUCUAGCAUUGGUUCCGAAAUCUAUUGUCUACUUGGCUGGUCAAAGGACGCCAAGAACAUUCCCGAUAUCUCCUCCGUGUUCUGGACUCUCGACGGCAAGCCGGUGGUAUCACUGGGAGCUAACGUUGCGGUGAUCUCUGUGCGUCACUUGGUAGAACAAUACGACACGAUCAGCAAGAAAGUCGUGCCCGAGUACUAUGUGAUCCGUAUGACCUGGUCGCCGAUCAUCACGGCAGCGCACGCAGGUACUUAUCGCUGCGGCUACAAAACUGUGGCAAAGUCAUUCCACCUCACCGUCACUUGAAGUCCGACUAAGUGGACCACUGCCACCGGGUAACCAGCCCCUGUCCGCCCCCCGACAUCACAGCAGAGGCACAUACACAUUGACAGCGGCAGCCAGCUGCUGGCUCUGCCAGAUCACCAUGAUGCAGAAGCUGCUGCAUUGUCCGCAGUCGACCUGCGUGCAAGCUGCAUACCGGCGGGCCAGGCUGAACAGGAUUCAACCUUUUUUUCCUUUUUUUUUAACAUUUUCAAUUUCAUCACUUUGCUUGCACUCUUUUUUUAUGUUCUGAAUCUCAGUGACUUUUCAGAUA